AUGUCCGUCGCAGCUUUGUCCAAGUCGCUGCCAAAGCCGAAAUACUCGGGCGAAGAGGAGGAGCUCACCAACAGCACGCGCGUGCUAACCGCAGAGCAAUAUGAAGCGCAAGUAGUCGCGAAGAAGGGCCCGCCGCCCUACGGCCAGAGGCAGCACUGGAGGCCCCGCGCGCCUGAAGACUUUGGCGAUGGAGGCGCAUUUCCGGAAGUACUCGUCGCGCAGUACCCGCUCGACAUGGGAAAGAAGGGCCAACCAUCCACAUCCAACGCGCUCGUGAGGAGAGUCGACGGCGAGGGCAAGACCAAGUACGACGAGAUUGCGCGACGCGGACACGGCGAUUCGAGGAUUGUGCAGGCCAGCUUCAAGGACCUCAUUCCUCUGCGCCAACAGGCAGACGCUGGCGAGCUGGACUUGUCGCGUCCUUCUGCGGAGGUUGUCCAAGCAACUAAGGAGAAGACUGAGCAGGCCCUCAUGGCACUGGUUCAAGGGCAGACUGCCGCGCAACGGCCCAAGAACGUACAGGGCAGAAAGAACGAUGAGCCGACUUUCGUCAGAUAUACACCCACGGCUCAGCAUGGCCAGGCCCAGGGCCAGACGCGCAUCAUCAAGAUCCAGCAAAGACAGAUCGAUCCCAUGGAGCCGCCCAAGUUCAAGCACAAGCGCAUUCCUCGCGGACCACCUUCGCCUCCCCCACCCGUUCUGCACUCGCCGCCGCGAAAGCUGACCGCCGAAGACCAAGAACUUUGGAAGAUUCCACCCCCAAUCAGUAACUGGAAGAACCCCAAGGGAUACACAGUGCCACUAGACAAACGUCUAGCAGCCGAUGGUCGGGGGUUGCAGGAUAUCACGAUCAACGACAAGUUUGCUCAAUUUGGCGAAGCGUUGCAGGCAGCCGACAGACAUGCACGAGAGGAGGUUAAGCAGCGUGCGAUCAUGCAGCAAAGAUUAGCGGAGAAGGAGAAGCUACAAAAGGAGGAGCACCUGCGAAACCUGGCGAAGGAGGCACGAGAACAGCGCGCCAACACCUCCCGAAGACGAUCACAGAGCGAAUCGGACACUGAUUCGGAAGAAGAGGCAGUGCGGAAGCGAAUGGACGCUCGCAAGGAAAGGCGCGAGGACUUCCAGCGCGAACUCCGUCAGUCGCGGAUGGGUACCGAGCGCAAGAUCCAGAUGCUGGCUCGGGAGCAGAAUCGUGAUAUUUCUGAAAAGGUCGCACUCGGUCUGGCAAAGCCGACACAGAGCGGAGAGUCCAUGUACGACUCGCGGCUGUUCAACCAGUCCAGCGGAUUCAACGCUGGUUUCAACGAGGACAACCACUACGACAAGCCUCUCUUCGCAGCCCAGGAUGCUAUCAGCAGCAUCUACCGCCCGAGUGUACAGCAGGAUGACGGAGAGGACGAGGGGCAGACCUACGACCGGAUCACCAAGUCGAGCAAGUUCGAAGUCCUUGGAAAGGCUAAGGAGGGCUUCAAGGGUGCGGAUCUGCAAGAAGCCCGGGACGGACCAGUUCAAUUCGAGAAGGAUACUGACGAUCCGUUCAACAUCAACCAGAUGAUUGACGAAGUUCGUGGUGAGAAGGGCGAGAAGACUGGGGAGAAGCGUUACGGUAUCCAAGAGCCGGAGGGCAGAUCAGCCAAGCGCGCCAGGGUUGAUGAUGACAAAACACAAGCUUCACAAGCUCACCACCCUUCCGCGGUAUCGGAUAGCCAGGAUCACAAGUUCAAUCCGAAUUUCACUCAGGCGGUAAUCAAUGCGACGGGACCAAAAGCUACACCCAGGGUCAGACAGCUCACAGCGGGAUUAAUACGGCAUCUCCAUGACUUUGCUAGGGAGAAUGAACUCACAGUCGAUGAGUGGAUGACAGGAGUUGAGUUGAUGAAUGCAGCAGGUCGCAUGUCAGACGCCAAACGCAACGAAGGCCAACUGCUCUGCGACAUCCUCGGCCUCGAAUCGCUCGUCGACGAGAUCACGUACAAGCUCGCCUCUACUGCCGCCGACGAACCCACCGCGACUGCCAUCCUAGGCCCCUUCUACCGCCAUGAUGCUCCGAAACUGCCCAUGGGCUCCUGCAUCGUGUCCAAGGAGAUAAAUGAGCAAGGCGACCGGACAUUGAUGCACGGCAUCGUCACGGACUUUAGAACCGGGCAGCCUAUCGAGGGUGCGGUGGUGGACGUAUGGCAUACGGCGCCGAAUGGCCUAUACGAACAACAAGAUCCAGACCAGCCAGAGAUGAAUCUCAGAGGUAGAUUCACGACGGGCAAGGACGGCAAGUAUAGCUUCUACUGCUUGAGGCCAGUACCUUACCCCAUACCUUUCGAUGGGCCAGCAGGCAAAGUGUUGCAAGCGCUGGAUAGGCAUCCAAUGCGGCCGGCACAUAUACACUUCCUGCUCACAGCGCCGGGCUACAAACCUAUUGUUACUCAGAUCUUCGACCGAACGAGCAAGUACAUCGACGACGAUGCCGUUUUUGCGGUCAAAGAUUCCCUUCUUGUAGAUUUCAAUCCUUUUGAGGGAGAUCCGAAGGCAGACUUUGAGCUGCCGUACGAUUUCAAGAUGGCGAGCUUCGAGGAUGCAAAGAAGCACUCCGUUGCGGGGACGACAGAAGAAAGCGCGUGA